AGUGCUAUAUGCGUAAUAUGGAGUGACUUAGAAUGCUACGUAGGGUGAUUUGUUUAGAAACAUGGAAGUCCUAUUUUAGAAUAUUUUUACUAUUUUAGUCAUUUCUUUGCCCAAGAUGAAGAAGGGUGAAGCCCUGGUAUUCCCCGUGCUGUAAAUCUAAUCACAUCCUUCUCGAGAAGAAGCAUAUCGCCAGUUACUGACACUCCUCUCUGUCACUUGUGCCGGGCAAGGGGCAACAUCUCCUGGUGUUAUAGCCCUCUGAUUACUCUGCGUGAUAAAAAAAAGUUUCUGUGAGUUUUUAAGUAGCGUGAAACAACAAGUAUCCCCCCGUAGAGACGCUGCGAAAAUUUCUACUACAAGUAUCAGUCUUCAGAUUUACUGAGGCUGAUAAGUAAAAGCAACAAUGGGAAGCAGAGGAGCAUUACAUUUUUCUCUGCGUCCUUCCAUGGUUGUUAAUAUUGCCUUGGCCCGCCGGACCUAUUCGACUCCGGCGAGUAGAGCACUUCCACCCCCUGAUGUCCCCCGUUUGGCUGAAACGGCUCGCAUUUCUCUCACUCCGUCUGAGGCUGAGGAAUUUGCUCCAAAAAUACAACAAGUGAUAGAGUGGUUUGGUCAACUCCAAGCCGUGGAUCUUCAAAGUAUUGAGCCAGCUAUAAGGGCAGAUACCGAGGGUGACAACUUGCGGGAUGAUACGCCCGAAUGCUUUGAGAAUAGGGAAGCCAUUGUAGCUGCUGUUCCAAACUAUGAGGAGCCUUACAUCAAUGUCCCCAGAGUGUUGAACAAGGAGUAAUUUGCUCAGAGCAUCAAAAUCUAGAAAGGUGAAGGAAAAUUUGACAUUCAUGAGAAGGUUCAUAUGAUGAUGCAACGGUCAACGAUAUAGAUAUUUUUUCAAGCAACUAUCAAGGAGAUUACCCAAUCUUCUUGUUACUUCUUUUCAAAUCUGGCUCUAGUUAAUAUAAUGUGAUUUUCCUCUAUUGAACAUAAGAGUUUAGACUUGUUUGGCAACCACAGGAUAGAUGUUUGUGCCUUGGGAGUUGCUCCUUGUUUAGAAAGAAAAAAGAGUAUUUUUUUUACUGUGGGUAUGUUGCAGCUGUGGACCGAAGAUAGCUUUUUUUCUAAAUCAGAUCUUUGAACUAUUGACUGCUCUAUUCCUAUUUACUAAACUGAGUCUUGUUCU